UUCCAGGUGACUACCUCAUGAAGCUGGUUAAGAUAAUGCCAAAAGUGUGCAAAGCGUCAUCAAGACCACAAAACUCUACCAAUGGUCGGUAUGAAGCAGAAAUGUUUAUCUCCUAUUAAAGAGGAGUCGUGUGAACCAGGGGCGGAACCAUGUACAGUCAGUCCCUUUGGCAUCAGGAGGAAAGUCCCAGCGAAUCCAGAGGAAAGGCCUAUUUGCCCAGGACUCAAAGAAACGGAGAAGACUUUUGAAGAUUUUGUUGAAGAGCAACUCAAAUUGGAUAAACAGUUUCUCAAAAAGGAUAAACAGCUCAGAACAGCAGAGAAAAGAAAUUUCCUGCGUAAAGGUGCUGGAAGAUCUAGAAUCUGUAAAAGUAAAGAUACCAUCCAGAACACAACGUCCACACAGCUUCACAGACCCUCAACAGUGAAGUGCUCUAGCCAGGAGAACCUACUCAGGCACAAUGUUCCUCCACAUGAUGGCAAAUCUCUAGCUUUGGAUCAUGAUAAACAUUCCAAUCAAAAAAAUGAAGAAUGUUCACAGCAGCCAAAUCAAAUAAGAAGUACCAAGUUGCAAGAUGAAUGCAGUAUGUUUUCUGGUCGAAAAGUUGCUCCUAAGAUCCAUCUUCUUGAAGAAAGAGUUGGCUUCAAAAAGGUAAAUGAUCACAUUGUUAGAGUGGAUGAAACAAGCACUGAGGCACUAUGCUUGACGAAUGAAAUAAAGCAGCUGCUGCUCCAUAGUGUUUCUGAUGACAGCACUAGUGCUGAGGAUGAUACAAGUCCUCCAACACCUCCUAAUCCUUCAAGAAUAAACUCAGAUCAUAAUCUGGAGCUAUCUGACGAAGACUAUGCCAGUGACUCUCCAAGUGAUGCUGGUCCAAGUGAAUGUCCACGAACUUCACAAUGCUUCUUAGCUCAACUUUCCAGUUCAUCUGGAUCUGAUGACGGGAGCGACUCUGAGCUACAGCAGCUUUGUUGGUCUGAACCUCACAAACCAACUCCAAAAGAGACCAGUGGUGAAGCUAUAUCUCUCUGUGCCAGAAGUUAUGACCUUCUUGAUAGGAUGUUCCCUCAUGUGAAAUCUACGGGAAAAACCAAAACUGAUAACCAGCUAUGGGAGAAAGUCUUGAAAACUCAGGACUCUAUGAAUGGAAGUGAACCAGUGACGUACGUGCAGGAAAAUAUUGGGUUGGAUAUCAGGGUUGGAACAAGCAAUGACUCAAUGAUGGACAAGAUGAAAACAGAGCAGGAUAAUGCGCUGAAUUUCAUCAGAUCUGAAAUGGACCACUUUUCUAAUAAUGACCAAGACAGCCUGCAAAACUUCAGAUCUUCAGACCACACACCUCAGGAUGUCACACAUCAUCAUAACGAAACUGAGGAUCUCAGAAAGCAAAUCCAGUUUCUGAAAGAGCAGCUGAAGAGAAGAGAGCACGAGUGGUGGCAGGCUCACAGUGAGCUGCAGAGUCGAGUCGAUGCCCUGACCAGGGAGAACAAGGCACUGAUGAGUCAACAUGUCGGACAGGUUAGAGCUCAGAGCUCCGGCAGAUCCACACCUCAUCCUGACGCUCAAAACCUGGGAUUGUGCAGGUCUGUGGAGAAACAAGCAGCUCUUGGGAUCAAGAGCAAGAAUUCAGUGCUAAAAGGAUUACAGAGGACAGCAAAAUCUGGGAAAUCUGUAUCAUCGGAGUCUGAUUAUGGAUCCACAGACAUGACUGAGGAUGUGCCCAAUUCUCAGAUGAAGCAUAACAGUACUCAAGUAGCCGUUAAAGCGGAGAGGAAUGUUAGAGAGGAAACUCGAUAUCCAGAUGGUAAGGUAGAACAGCUUCUGUCGGAUGGGUCACGUGUUAUUGUUUUCCGAAACGGAACAAGAAAGGAGAUCGGAGUGGAUCAGAAAUCAAUCAUGGUCACGUUUUUCAAUGGAGAUGUCAAACGUAUUCUGGCUGAUGGGACCACGGUCUACUAUUAUAGUGAUGCGCAGACGACUCACUCCACUUACCCGUCUGGCUUAGAGGUUCUGGAGUUUCCAAAUAAGCAAAGAGAGAAGCGUCAUCCUAAUGGCACACGAGAAAUCUUUUUCUCUGAUGGUACGGUCAAGACCAUGUACCCUGAUGGCCGCCAGGAAAGCUUCUUUCCUGAUGGAACUAUUGUCAAGUUAUCAAAAAAUGGAGAGAAAACAGUGGAGUUCACAAACGGCCAACGUGAGAUCCACACGUCGCAGUAUAAGCAGAGGAUUUACCCCGAUGGAACUGUUAAAACAGUCUAUUUAAAUGGAAGGCAAGAGACUAAAUACUCAUCUGGGAGGAUCCAUGUUAAGAACAAUGAAGACAAUUUUAUGAUGGAAAGAAAGUGAAAUGUGUUAAAGGGAAAACCGCUGCUAUAUUUUAUACAAGAUGCUUGAUAUGUACAGUUAUCUUCAGAAAUAUUGGCACCCUUCACGAGAGCAGGAAAAAGUUACUAUACAAAUCACACAAUCAAUGACAGCGCUAUCAUACCAAUAAUAAUAUUUUCUCUUGGAAAUAUCUGUGGCAGAAAUAUUGACACCCUUAAAGGAUACUUCAAAUAAAUGCAAACAAAUUGUCAUCCUUGGAAGCCAAAUUUCAAAAUACACUGUAGAAGUACAUUCAUUCACACCUAUGGACUAUUUAGAGUAGCCAAUCUACCAAUUGGUAUAUUUUUCGGAGGAAACCGGAGAACCUGGAGAAAACCCACACAGACAGGAGCUGUAAAGCAGCCAUCGUACCCUCUUCACAACAAUGUAAAUAAUAUUAAAUAGCAUCCCUGAAUAUUUGAGCUCCAAAUAACACUCCUUGCAUGUUGAUAUUGCGAGGAAUAGUGAUUUUCUAACCAUUAGGCCAAGGGAAAGCCAUGGUCUAAUGGUUAGAGAAGCAGCUUUGGGACUAAAAGGUUACUGGUUUGAUUCUCUAGACCAAGAUAAAUUAUUGAAAUGCCCUUAAGUAAAGCACCUGCUCCACAAGCUGGUCUGGGUAUGUUUUAAAAUAGUUAUUUUUUUUUAUUUAUUUAACAUUUAAUGGUAGAAUUGGACCAUUAUUCUGAACUUUCUUUUUUUAGUCUCCAUGAAGUUUGGGUUUUUUGGGGGUUUUUUUUCCCCUGAGGAUGCUUUCAUAAGGUCACAAAACAAUAAUAUCAGACUGGAAUGGUAUCAGGUAAUACUGUAUUUAUCCAACCUUUGGUCACAAAAUAAAAAUGCAUCUCAUCUCAUACAUAUUACACAUUAAAUUGUUAGAGAAAUACAAGUGCUCAUAUGUUGUUUUUGGUGGAUCAUGAACCAUGAACACCAUGAGUUGGCCUAGUGGUUAGGUUAGUGUCCGCUUUUCGACCAGGAAAUCCUGAGUUGUACUCGCAGUUGGGUCAUACCAAAGACCAUCAUAAAAAUGGUACCUACUGCCAUCUGGUGAGGUUGGUAAUUCUUGCAGUUACCAGAGGGCGGUUACCAGAAGACCCUAGCUACGUAAUGGGCAAGAGGCUGAGGGCUACGAAAUGGAGAUUGGUGCUGUCUGAUGUGUCUUGUGGCUUGGGAAGGACUUUGAUGAAUCUUCAACACAGUGCUCCAUCAUCUGUUUCAUUUCUGUGUAAAUAAAAUUUACAUCCUAGUCAUGAUGAGACUCAUGUUGCACCACAUGGCUUAUUAUUCAUGAGAGUGUGACUCAUAUCUCUGACUGAUUCAGUAUUCAGCCAAGGACUUGUCUCUCAGUCUUACAGUAGCUACUCUGGUUUCAGUAAAGAGAUAUCAAGAGGUGUAAGCUUGAGUUUCUUCUCAGUCAGUUUGAUGAGCAGUAGUCAAACGGGAGAGCGUGUACUUUUUUUUUUAAUGCCCAGAUUACCUGCCCAAACUGGUAAUUGCAUCAUCAGUUUUUCCUUUGGUUAAAUCAGACACAAGGUAUGCCACCACACUUGCCAGAGCAGUUGGGGGGUUAGGCACCUUGCUCGAGGGCACUUCAGCCAGUCAUGCUGGUCCAGGGAAUUGAACUAGCAACCUUUUAGUCCCAAAGCUGUUUCUCUAACCAUUAGGCCAUGGCUUCCCCCAAUUAUUAUGAGGGGAUUCUAGUCCCCCAUAACAAAGAGGUGAAUCUAUUUUUGAUUACAGCACCUCCAUUGUUGUUUGUCCUUGUCUCUCUGUAGACACGCGAGGAUGUUAGCGGAGUCAUUAGCUUAUGCACCUCAUGCAGUAUAGUCCUGACAUCGAGUGUGCCCUGUGAGGCUUUCUGUGUGACCUCGUUGAAAGGAAACGUCAGUAUGAAAUCCCCAACACGAUGAACUGGUACAGUUCUGUCAUGUGUCCUCUUGUCCCAUGAGAGCACUGGGGGCUUUUGUAAGGAUUUAUGGAUGUGGAUUGUUGGUAAUGUGCAUGCAUUAGACGAUAAGCUUGGAGGUGAGACGAGUUCCCAGUCGUCUGACUCGGUGGUUUCAAAUUCAGACGAAUGAUGUGGCACUUCAAACGUUUUUUUGUUUGCGGUCUUUGGAUUUAGAUAUGAAUUUGAACAGAAUGGCUUCCCAGGAUUUACACAGCAGUUGGACUGAUGUUUAUAUUUAUACGCAGGUUUCGGUUUGAGAACUAUUCGUGUAAUUUUUGGCAUUAAACCCAUGGUGGGCAAGCAGCAUUUUCCAGGACAUCCUGUUUGCCUCAACCUGUCAAUCUUUCUGUAGUUCAUCAAGUCAAUAAGGUCAUUUAUCAGACCUUUUUUGACCUUUAUAUCUACAGGACAGUCCAAAGAAAGUGCCGGGCUGUAAUUGACUUCUAAAAGCCAAGGCUUGAAGUUGGAAUCGAUGAGGAUGUCAAAUCCAAACAGCUCCACACAGUUAGGGCUGGAAGGAAUGGAUGGAGCAAUCGUAAGCAGAGUCAGUGUCACUAUGUUGUUGAUCUUUUGCCAGAGCUGAGCUUCAUUGAUGUCUUGGCUGUGAAGGAAGGUGCGGAAUUUACUCAUGCUCCACUUGCAACCCUGACCAAUGUGCUCUUUAUCCAUGGUGUAGAAUAAACUGAAUUUGUUGAUGCUUGUGUUUGUAAGGUGAGAGAACAGGUUGUCUGGAGAUGUCAGGUCGUAUUUCUCAGUGGCAAAACGCACCAAGCCCUCCUCGUAAAUGUAGAUCGUAAGAGGACGGAAACUCUUCACACACACAUAGAUGCGCAGGUCAAAUUUGUAGCCUGAGAUCAGAAAUGAGUUGCUUAUAUAUUUCUGUACAAUCACUGUUGAGUCAUAAGUCAAGUCUUUGAUAUCCUCAAAGAUAAAGAUGCCCCUCCCUCGAGAGAGGGCCACCGGUUUACAGAUCCAGUACACUCGCUUUCCUCGGUUUUUUGUGUACUCCUCCAGAAACCUGGUGUAAUCGUUUGGCAGGAUAAACGCCAGAGGACUGAAGUUAUAAAGUGCAGGGCCGUACGUGCCUUGCAUUCUUCUCAGGUUGCGUACCAGGCAGUCCUUGCGUGAGAUAAUUGUUGUUUUAGGGUGGUGA